GAGAGCUGGGGUCCGUUUCACAAAGCAGGUUUAGUGAAAACUCUGAGUCUGUUAACGCUGAAAUGAGGGAAUCUCUGAGUUUUCUGUUUCACAAAGGGAGGUAAUUCAAACCAGAGAAAGAGGGGUAACUCCAGCCUGUUUCACAAAGAGAGGUAACUUAAGCUCUCGGUCAGUUACCGUAGCAACAGACCAGGGUUUCCUCAAAACCUCGAGUCUCGAACUUUCUCUGUCUCCGCCCUCUUUCAGCCACACACGCUGUUUCAUUUCCUCAUUCAUUCAUUCAUUCAGCAGGCGAGUUUUGGCUUAUCCUAGUUUUUCCGUCUUUCUAAAUGGCAUGUCCUUUCAUUAACGACCCAGUGGAUGAAGGAGCAGCAUUACUGCGCAGAGAAUUAAAUAUUCGUCGGGAGAUUGUUAUCAGACCGCGCAUAGAUGUUCUCGCAUUUCCGGACAAUUAUCUUUUGGAGCGGUACCGUUUCAAGUCACACUCCAUAAUCUACAUACACAACCUAAUCCGUCCUUACAUUUGCAACAUUACCAACCGCAGUCAUGCUCUCACAUCCCAUCAGAUAUUGUGUGUUGCGCUGCGGUUCUUUGCAAAUGGAAGUUUUUUGUACAAUGUCGGAGAUGCAGAGCACAUAAGUAAAGCCACUGUAUGCAGGGCGGUCAGGAAAGUGUGCCUGGCCCUGAAACGACUUCUACCCAACUUUGUGGUCUUCCCUGGAAAUAAACCUGUCAGAGCCAUCAAGGAGGAGUUCCACAGGAUUGCAGGAUUUCCCAGUGUGAUUGGCUGCAUAGAUGGCACACACAUCCCCAUCACAGCUCCCUCACAUAAUGAAGCUGUUUAUGUGAAUAAGAAGUCCUUUCACAGCGUAAAUGUGCAGAUCAUAUGUGAUGCUUCAUGCAUCAUUACCAAUGUGGAGGCCAAGUGGCCUGGGUCUGUUCAUGAGUCGAGGAUUUAUCAAGAGUCUAACCUGAGCAACAGACUGCAACGUGGAGAGUUUGAUGGCCUUCUGCUGGGUGACAGAGGUUACCCAUGCCAACCGAGGCUGAUGACCCCAUACCCUGACCCUGAACCAGGCCCCCAACAGAACUUCAACCGGGCUCACUGCAGGACUAGAGCCCAGGUGGAGAGGACCAUAGGCCUGCUGAAAGCCCGUUUCCAGUGCCUGCGUCACCUCAGGGUGACCCCUGAGAGGGCCUGUGAUAUUAUUGUGGCAUGUGUUGUUCUUCAUAAUAUUGCCACUAUUAGAGGAGAGCGACACCCUGCCGUACAAACUGAAGACCCAGAUGAUGACCCCAUCCACCUGCCAGCUAUGCAAGACGGCAGAGCAGUCAGAGACACCAUCUGCAAUGAUCACUUCAGAGAUUAAGUCACCAUCAUCACCACCACCACAGCAAAUAAAGACAUGAUACACAUUUCAUUUGGUCUUCUUUAUUUCCUACAAACAAAAGAG